UCCCAACUUGUCAAACUGCUCCUCUAGCAUGAGGAAGCACUGGACGUAGCAUUGUCUAGCUCCACCCGUAAGAGCUACGAAGCUAGCUCUACGGAAGGGAUGACUUUAGGACCCAGCAGAGAAGCGGCAUGCCUCCAGUUCCCGACCCGCAGAUAAGUCAUGUAGUCACUGCGUCCCGUCAGCAGCGGCUCGUCCACACGCCUUCUCACAGUCACUCACGCAUGGGCCUGCACUGAAUUUCAACGGCUCACAUGGACACAAGCGGCACCGAAUCGAUGGAGGUGUUGGUGAGUGAGCUGGGAGUACUGCUGAAGAUGUUGGACCAGGAGAACCUCAGCUCCUCCACCCAAGAGAAGAAGACCUCAGUGUGGAACCUCCUGCAGCAGAUACAGCCAUCAGUGUCAGGAACAGACUACAUCUACAUGAACUCAGCAGUUUACAGAAAUGGCACCAGCUUUGUGGAGUCCCUCUUCGAGACAUUUGACUGCAAGCUUGGAGACCUCAAGGAUGUUACAGACGAUAUGAAAGAAGACAACACCCAGACUGACACUUUAAAACAGCAGAGCUGUGCAGGCUCCCCAGCUCCGCACUCAGCUGACUCUCCUCCCCCUCUGCCCACAACACCUCCUCCUGAGGAGUAUUACGAGGAGGCAGUACCCCUCAGUCCUGGCAAGAUGCCUGAGUACAUCAUCACACGGGUCAGACCCAGCCCUCCCAACUCUAUAGAAGAUGGGUAUGAAGAUGCUGAAAACAACUACCCCACCACCUGCAUAAAUUCACACCGUAAAAACUCCUACAAUGAUUCUGACGCUCUGAGCAGUUCCUAUGAGUCUUAUGAGGAGGACGAGGAAGAGAGAAGCCCCGGUGUCCAACUCACUCAUCAGUGGCCCUCGGAUGAGAGCUCCAUGCCUCCUGCCAGAGACUGUCGCAUCUGUGCCUUCUUGCUACGCAAGAAACGCUUCGGCCAGUGGGCCAAACAGCUCACAGUCAUACGGGAGAACAGACUACAGUGCUACAAGAGUUCUAAGGACACGUGCCCUUAUGUGGACCUGCUGCUGCCCCAAUGCACUGUGGUCUAUGCACCAAAAGACAGCAAGCGGAAGCACCAUGAGCUCCGGUUCACUUUACCCAAUGGAGAAGCACUGGUGCUGGCGGUACAAAGCAAGGAACAGGCCCACAGAUGGCUUAGGGUUGUUAAAGAGGUGAGCAGUCAGAGCACAGCGCCUGAGGAAUCUGCGUCUCCCGUCAGUCCAAGAAAAACUGAACUUGACAAGAGGUUAUCUGCAGAGAGGAACACAUCAGAUUCAGACAGUGUGUGUGUGUCAGCUGCAGAUAACUGCAGAGACAGUGGUAAGGUGAAACGGGGGCCUUUUGCUGCAGGCCGUAAAAUCACACGUAUCAUCAGCUUUUCCAAGAAGAAACCCCCUCGCCCAGGUGAUCCCCGGACAUCCUUCAACGACCCUCGACAAGGCUCCCUGUCUGUGCUGGUGAACCAGGUGUGGCGGGAACAGUGGUGUUGUGUGUGCCGAGGCUCCCUGCACUUCUACCAUGACAAAGGAGACCCUCGGACCUCCAUGCCUUCCCUUCCUCUCCACAGCUGUGAGGUGGUGCCGGGACUUGGACCCAAACACCCAUUUGCGUUCCGAAUCCUACGCAACAGCACAGAGGUGGCUGCUCUGGAGGCUAGCAGCUCUGAGGAACUUGGAAGGUGGCUUGGUGUCCUCUUGGCGGAAACAGGCUCUGCGACAGAUCCAGAGUCACUGCAUUACGACUAUGUUGAUGUGGAAACCAUUGCUAAUAUCCGCGACGCUGCGCGGCAUUCCUUCCUGUGGGCCACCUCCUCCAGCAGUACAUCCACGGACUCCAGAACAUAUGAUGAGGUCCCUAAUGAGGACAUGCAGUCAGAGGAGAACCGCAGGCAGCAGUCUGGGAAUCAAGGGAAGCGGCGCUCAAGUUUCUCAAGCAGCGACUCCGAUAGAACCAAACCAUUAGUCUCCCUCAAGAGAACAGGCUCAAAUGCCAACCAGUAUGGAAGGUAUGGGAAAACGCGAGCAGAGGAGGAUGCCAGGCGUUACCUGAAAGAAAAAGAGGAGCUGGAGAAGGAGAGGGAAGGGAUACGAAAUGCACUGGUGAUCCUCCGACAGGAGAAGAGAGAGCUGAAGGAGGAGCUAAAGAUGGCCUCUGAUAAGAGGAAAACCUCACUGAACAAGCGUCUGUCCCAUUUGGAGGAAGCCUGUCGAUCCAAGGAAGCAGAGAGGGUGGACCUGGAACUCCGACUGAACCAGGUCAAGGAAAACCUCAAGAAGAGCCAGGCAGGUGGGGCCCUGGGUGCGCCAGUCGAGGCUAAACCACCUGUUAAGGCCUCCAGCAAAAAGGGCCAGAACAUCUACAGUGAGUCUUUACCGGUGAAUUGUGUCUCUGAAAUGCGUAGGAGACCUCCAUCCGUUUAUGCUUCUGCCACAGGAACUGUCAUGCAAAAAGCAAAGGAAUGGGAGUCAAAGAAAGGAACCUAAGAGUAGCAUAAUGAAUAGUACUGUUGGAUAUCAGGAUGUGACUUGAUCAACCUUUAAUCGUACUAAGGACAACCUCCCAUCUACGUCCCAGAGUACAGACUUGGUUCAUUUUGGAUUGCUGAGGAAAUAAAUAAUGUAAUGAAAGAAAUUGGCCACUAGGCGGAGGUACAACUCACUAAAUAAUUACUUUUCUGCAAAUGUGAGAGAUCUAAGGAUGCCACGUCAUCUUUAUUCAAGUAUUUUGACUGUCUGUGGUGACACAGCUUCAAGUGUGGCAAAUAGAAAAGAGAGAAAUCAGCAUGUAUGAAAGAAAGACACAAGAAAAGUGUACUGAAAAGCAGAGUGAGUGCAUCGAAUGCAGUGUUGUAACGGAAAAGCAGCACGGAUUGUGUUGACACUGGUGCUGCAUUAGGUGAAAUGUUUAAUUGUGAAUGUGCCACGUGGGAAAAGACAACCUAAGAAAUGUGACGUGUUAGAAAAGAGGAUGGAAGGCAGUUUAAGCCACGAUGUGCCUUUUUAUACGACAUAAUGUUUUGUCGGCCUGUACAUAGUGAGCCAUGACUACUGUUUUGUUUACUUUAUACUUUUGUACCUUACAAGGUUUCAUUUCUCAUCAUCAUCAUCACCAUAAGACAUACCUGGCAUGAGUAUUCAGCUGAAUGCCAUGGAUUGAUGGGUUGAGUGCGGUAUUUUUAUUUUUUUGACUGCACUCACUAGCUUCUUCUCUCAGGCUGAAGCUGUACUAUUCAGUGAUCAUCGGCUGAAUUAUUUGGUUGGAACAAAACCCUGCCUCUACUUGACCCCCUUUGGCACACUGUUGGAUACUCCUGCUAUAGAAAACUGAGUGACUAACAAAGUGGUGCUAUUAUGUGAUACGAACCAUCUUUUCUGAGUGAGGAAAUCUCCACUACAUGUCUUUUUAACAACUUCUCUGCUGAACCUGUGGUUGGCUUUUGCACUUUACUGUUCUCUUACCCGAUUAAGGGAAAAAUAAAUGUAUUUCUCAUUUCCCAAA